AUUAUCAGCUUCGUGUUAAGUCCCGCUGCCACCCGACUCUCGUUCGAGUUUGCUGCCUCUGCAGACAGGUUCCGUCAGCAUGCCUCGCUUCAACUGGUGCGCGUCGGUGUUGGUGCUCGUCCUCCUGUGCCUGAGCACCGUGAAGCACGUGCGGGGGCAGAGCGCGGGAGACGAGAAGCGAGAGGUGUACUUCAACCACGAGGAGAUGACCGCUUUCCUGCGCAACAUGAGCGCCAACUACCCGAACCUCACCAGGCUGUACAGCAUCGGAAAGUCCGUCCAAAACCGGGACCUGUGGGUUCUCCUCAUUAGCAGAGAUCCGAACGAAGAGACGCUGCUCAAGCCCAACGUCAAAUACGUGGCCAACAUGCACGGCAACGAGGCCGUGGGUCGCCAGCUGAUGGUCUACUUAAUCGAGCACCUGCUGACUCGGUACGACACGGACGCGUACGUGCGCCACCUGCUGGACAACACGCGCAUCCACAUCAUGCCCAGCAUGAACCCGGACGGCUUCGAGAUUUCCCAGGAGGGCGACUGCGAGAGCAUGCGCGGACGGGAGAACGCCAACGAAGUGGACUUGAAUCGCAACUUCCCGAACCGCUUCUCUACUCAGCACGAACCCGAGCAGAAUGAAACCGCGGCAGUUCGUAGCUGGAUGAGCCAAAUACCUUUUGUGCUUUCGGGAAGUAUCCACGGCGGGGUCAAGGUCGUCGCCUAUCCCUUCGACAUGUCGUCCAUAACCGAAUUUGAAGAGGACGACUAUGAGACGCUGACGCCUGACGACGACGUGUUCAAGCAUAUGGCGAAAGUGUACUCAUUCAAUCAUACCAACAUGUUCCUGGGGGCACCCUGCCCGUCGGACGGGCCUUCCUUCCCCGAUGGCAUCACCAACGGAGCAGCGUGGUACCCGUUCGAAUGCAGCAUGUCGGACUACAACUACGUCUGGGGCGGCUGCAUGGAGGUGACGUUAGAGAUCUCCUGCUGCAAGUUCCCGCCGAGACAAGAACUUCCAGGCUUUUGGGAGGAAAACAAGCAGUCCUUGCUUGCCCUUCUGGGUGAAGCCCACAGAGGCGUCCGUGGCAUUGUGACGGACGAGGAGGACAACCCCGUGGUCCAGGCGUCCCUCAAGAUUUCCAACCGCAGGAUCGGCUUCAAGACGACGUCCAAGGGAGAGUAUUGGAGGAUCCUCAGGCCCGGUAGCUACACCCUCGAGGUGUCGGCCCCUGGCUUCCACACUUCGAAGCAGGACUUCGUCGUCAUGGACCAGCAGAUCUCUAUUCUGAACGUGACGCUCAAGUCGCUACAGGCCCCCACGGACAACUUCGUGGAGUUGACGCGGCCGCAGCAGCCGGUGUCUCCGUCCAGUGCAGACACACUCAAAAUGAGAUGAUGCGCCAGAGAUAAGAUAAAGUAGAACAACUUAUACCUCAAACGUAGGGACGUUCUCGAACCAUUUGGAUUUCAUUUGGAACUACCGAAUACUACUGCAGUGCUCGAACAUUAACCGCGUCUUUCUGACGUAGUUUGGGUGUCAUCUUCGUUAUAUUGGCGUUUGUGUUCUGCAUUUUUAAGCCAUGGUUUGACGAACUUUAAUGGAUCGCAGUAUUAGCAAACGGCAUUUUCACAACUUACACAAAAAAAAUAGAACGCGAACCGUGUUUUUUUACAUAAAAUACUUAAACUACAGAGUUCAAGAUUUGCACGAAUACAAGGCUAUAAAUUUUACAACUUAUUAUGAUGUUUCUAAACUUAAUGCGCUUUAUGUAAAAAUAUUAAAGUGAUAUUUCGGAACUUCCAGUAAAAUAAUGGAAUCUAACGAUGUGGUAGAAUAUAUGCAGGCGAAAAGCCUGUGCGUAAAAUGAUGGACGCCCUUUU